AACAUACAGUAUUAGUGGCUGGAAUUUUGAGCGUGUUGUGGCAGCAGCGCUGCAGAAUUGGAUAAGUUGUAAAAAGACAAAUGAAAUGAAUUGGUCAGACUUGUCAGGCUUUCUGCAUGACAAUUAUGACGAGAGUCCAGUUCAUCCAAUAAUAUUCAACUCAUGAUCUCUUCUCCAGUUAUCUACCAGUGCAGUGUAGCGUCGCUAAACCAUCGAGAAAAAAUCUCAUAAUUACUUAAAGUUGUGGUGUAUGAAUGAUAUGGUGAGUUAAUGUCAUUAUUCUUCUUCUCCGGUUCCCAAAUUUGAACUACGAGCAAUCCAGUAACAAAGGCAGCCGGCGCAAAAUAACGAGUUUUUUUUACCGAAAAAAGGUGUCAAAUUCACAAUUUUUCCAAGUGACUGAACUCAAGCCUAAAUUAGCUAGUUGGUUAUACCACAUACAUGCAACACAACUAAUUUGCAGCUUGAUAGGCGCAAGUAUAGACUUGAUUUAGUUUAUUCGAGUGUAUUUAAUAAAGUUACCACUAUACACAGUUAUUGUACAAUACAACUAAUCACGCUUAUCAGUCACAACUAGACAGUAUAAUAUGGUCUAAAAGGACACUUGAAUUAUAGUGGUGACAAUGACAUUCAUGAACAAUGUGCCGCAAUUAUAGUCGAAAUUAACGAUACACAACGCGAUGGAAGUCUUAAUCCAAACCAUUCUUGGAGUUGGAUUAAGGGCUCGUCGUGACCUUUUCUAAUGUCGUCUGAUGAUGAAAUGAAGGACAUGGUUGGCGGAUGUUGUGUAUGUUCGGACGAGAGGGGUUGGGACGAAAACCCUUUGGUAUACUGCGAUGGUCAAGGCUGCAAUGUUGCGGUACAUCAAGCAUGCUACGGUAUUGUGCAUGUGCCCACAGGCCCAUGGUUUUGCCAAAAAUGUCAAUCACAGGAAAGGUCUGCCAGGGUGAAAUGUGAGCUAUGUCCAAGCCGUGAUGGAGCCUUAAAGAAGGCUGAUGUGGGGGGUGGGUGGGCACACGUCGUAUGUGCGCUCUAUAUCCCGGAAGUCCGUUUCGGAAAUGUUACGACAAUGGAACCCAUUCUGAUUUCAUUAAUUCCCACGGAUCGAUUUGGCCGCACGUGCUAUAUUUGUGAGACCAAUAACAGGGGCUCCAAAGCUACCGCUGGGGCGUGUAUGCAGUGCAAUAAACAGGGAUGCAAACAAACUUUCCACGUAACCUGCGCACAACUGCAAGGACUGCUAUGCGAAGAGGCUGGAAAUAUGGAUAACGUUAAAUAUUGCGGUUAUUGUCAAUAUCAUUAUGGGAAAUUGAAAACAACCAAAAAUAUGAACGUGAAAAUUAAAAUUAUUCCGCCGUUCCGCCCGGUCCCCAGUAGCACUAGUAAUAAUACGAAUGCCGAUUCGCCAGGAAGCUCGCCAGAAAAAGAAAAACCUGGAAGCAAGCAACCAAGCUCCACCAGUGACGAAAGAUUGUCAUCGACAACUUCAUCAAGUAGCUUAUCCAAAAAUCACGGGACGGGAGAUUAUACUCCAGCAAGGAAAACAGGAAGCAGUAACAGUAUAAGCCCAGAUAAUAGUAAAAACAACAAAAAAACCAGCCAUUCCUCUGGAGGAAAGUCUUCAGACAGUUCAUUGUCAUCGAAAUCAACUAGUAACAAUGCUGCAGUAACGCCAAAGAUUGCUCAACCCAUUCUUACUCCUGCUACUUUCUCAACAGCUCCACAUUCAAAUUCAAAGAACCUCGAAAAAGAAAUUGAGGAAAAGUCUGUAACUGACCUUGGUGUUGAAGGUAAUCUCCAGCCCUCUUGUAAGAAGUUGACAAAGGAGAGUGACACAACAUCAAAGGAAGACAAUUUCACCGUAAAGUUGGAAAGGGUGGAUAAUCCACUAUUGAAGGGUACUUCUUCGAAGAAAGACUUUAGCAGUACCUUACAGCUGAAAGAAGUUGUGACUGGAGCAUUGGACAGGUCGUCUAGCAAAUACGAUCACGCGAGUUCUGGACUAGGAGGCAGUAGCGGGAUAGAUCGACAUUCUCAUCACGGGGAGAAGCCAGCACCUCCGGAUAUUAAACCUCAUGUUACGCUGACACCCAUCCCAAUGCGUGGAUCUAGAAUAAGUCUUACAAGAGGUGAUAGCGACGAGAGAGAAGAAAAAGAAAAGGAAAUCUCGUCGUCGACGGCCAAAAAUAAAUCACCUGUUGGAAGUUCUAUGCAAUUCAGCUCUUUCGGACAGAAAAUGAGCAAUCCUGUACAAUCCGCAUCAGAGCUAUUAGAGGUGAAUUCAAAACUAUCAAAACAUUCUGCUGAUGCUAGCUCGCCAAACGAGUUCCCUUCAGACAAGUCUGGUCCCCCUUCUAAGAGAUCAAGAGGUGCAAGUCGGGACGACGAGCGUGGCAGGAAAACCCCUACCAAGGGACGAGGGGGUGGACGUAGAGGUUCUGCUCAUUCUGGCUACAAGCGGGACAACUUUAUGGAUGAAAACUCAAACGAGCCCAUGGAAGUUGGAAAUAUGAGUACAUCACGUGGAGGUAGAAAUGGAAAGAAGCAGCCAGGCGGAUCUCGACUAAUGGGGCGACAGGCUGGUGACGAUCCUCCUGCGCCCACCCUUUCUCAACUUAAGGCCCAAAUGGAGUCAGCUGCAGGUGGAGAGACAGCUAGCAGUGGUAGUAUCAACAACAACAACAGCGUUGGAGUUUUACCAACUCAUAUGUUUGGAAAUGCACUGAACCCAGCAUCAUCGAUGGCACAAAGAAUGGUAGAUACUUUAAGCCAAGAAAUGGAAGCUGUGGCUGCUGCAGGUGCUGUUGGAAUUCCAGACAUUGUACCUCCACCAGCCCCUGUUGUUGGAAUUACUCUUCCAGGAAAAUCUUCAAUAGUGAAUGGAACUUCUGGUUCAACUACUUCCACGCUCCCCAGCGCUUCGGGAUCUGCACCCCAGACAUUAGAACAACUUCUUGAACGGCAAUGGGAACAAGGAUCCCAAUUCUUGAUGGAACAAGCCCAACAUUUAGACAUUGCUCAACUAUUGUCUUGUUUGAACCAAUUGAAACAAGAUAACCGGGCAUUGGAGGAACAUGUUGGUACUUUGGUACAACGGCGUGAUCAGCUAAUUGCCAUAAACGCACGCUUGAGCAUCCCAUUAGGAAAUUCCAGCGCACUUGGACCAUUGGCUCCCGCAUUUAACAACAAUGUGAAUGGUAUCUCAGCACAAAACGGCCACGGGACCCCUCCGCCAAAUUUGUCUGCUCAAGGUGUGACCCCUCACUCGAGCAUACCAAAGGGUUUACAAGUGAACCCUUCAACCCCAUCGCCUCAGCAGCAACAACAUGCUGAAUUAAUGAUGCAGUCAACCCGGCACGGCCACAGAGAGGAGCGAGUUUACCAUUCGGAAAUGCAAGUGUCUCGGGCGGAAAUCAGCGUUGCUCAUCCUACUUCAAGCCCACAUGGUCAUGGUCAUCAACAAGGGCGACAGAAUGUUGCCCCCUACGGAUACUCGGGUUCCACCCAUUCUAGUGGUGGUGGUGGCUCUGUUGGUCAACCAUCUCACCACUCGAAUCAACCAUCGUCACAUCAUUCUCAUCGUGAUGGUCGUUGAGUUCUGGCUUUCGAGAAGAGUGGGUACUGUAUAUUAUUCAACUAAAUCUCAGGUUCUGUCACGCUUUUCAGUUUCAUCCACAAAUAUUUCCCUAAUAUUCCUAUUAUGGAUCAUUUCCAUAAGCAGUAUACAUAUGUAUGCUAUUAGUAUGCUGUCCGCUGUGCUCUUGUGUUCAUAAGAUCUCAUGUCAUUUGCUUAUAUGUAUGAUACUCUAUAUUUUGGAAAUAUCUAUAUUCUUUCGGAUCCCGUAGAAAAGGACUUCAAAAAACAACACAGUUCAUUGAGUUUAAAAUUCGGGAUAUAUAUCUGAUGAGCAACUUUUCUUAAUUUAUUCGUAUUAUAGUUUUCCUACUUGUAUAAACUUCAACCAUACCACCAACAAAUAUACAAAUUAACCGAGUAAAACUUCCGUAAAAAAUUAUGUACAAAGAGUAAGUAAUUGAUAGUGUAUGUAAGUAGUUAGUUGUGUAACAGUAGAACAUUAUACUAUAUAUGCGUUGAUUGUAUUUCUAGAUUUUCUAUUGGUUCACGUAUGCCAGUAAGGAGAGUGUGUAUUUCCUUCUUUGUGUAGUAUUUUUAAAAUAAGAACAUAUGCCAAAAAUGUGUAUGUAUAGUUAAUUAUAAAACAAUGUAAGUAGUGGUUGGACUUAUUGUCCGCGUUUUGUAAUGGAGUACAAAAUUGAUUUCAUAUUACUUUUACUUCUUGUAGUUGUAGUCAAUAUGUAUAUUACAUACUCUAUAGUUCAUGUCAAAUGGGACUUGAGUAGUUCGUACAUCACAUGUUUAAUAUUUUGUAACUUUAUAAACUUUGUUGUCUAAAAAAUACUAAUAAAAUUCCAGAUAAUUUCAUGAUUGACAU